AUGAUUGUUAUAUCUUGGAAUGUGCGGGGCUUGAACAGUGGCCCUCGACAAAAAGUUGUUCAUGAUUUGGUUAGGAAUCAAUCUCCGGAUGUUCUUUUUCUUCAGGAAACUAAGCUUUCCGUGGAGAGUAUGGUGAAUAUGGUACCUAAGUUGUGGAAGUAUGGUGAGUGUCAGUGUGUUGGAGCUCAUGGUGCGUCUGGGGGGGUGGCUUGCUUAUGGAAUCCACAGAGGAUUAGCCCUCUCUGGUGGUUGUCUUCAAGAUCGGCUGUUUCGUUGGUGGCCUCUUGCUCGGUGACUGGAGAAUGUAUUCUCCUCUUGAAUGUGUAUGCACCUGUUGAGUAUCAGGGUAAACAGCUUCUUUGGUCUCAUCUUCGAUAUGUUCGUAGCCUGGCUCCUUUCCACCCAUGGAUUCUGGCUGGGGAUUUCAACGCUAUUGUGGAGUUGUCUGAGAAAAGGGGUGGAAUUGCUCGAUUGGAGCCUUCUGAUUUGCUUCUCAGGGAUAGCAUUUCUGAUCUAAAUCUUAUGGAUGUUCAACCCAGUAAUGGUCGUUUCACUUGGAAUAAUAGGCGAACUGGGGAAGACUGUGUUGCUGAGAGGCUUGACCGGUUCUUGGUCUCUUGUUACUGGCUUAUGUGGUUACGGGACACUACUCUUUUCGACCAAGUGGGUGUGUGGUGGAGGAUUGGUAGACCUGCUUUUGGUACUGCAAUGUAUAUCUUUGCUAAGCUUCUCCAAUUUGUCAAGUAUCAGCUUAAAAGGUGGAAUCGUUGGUGUUUUGGCAAUAUUUUUCAUGAUAAAGUUGUUGCCCAAGAAGAGUUAAAUAAUGUUACUAGACUGAUUCGGGAGAUUGCGGUUACGGAGGAUCUUUUGAAAGAAGAGGCUAGAACUUUGAAGGUGGUAGAGGAAUGUGAGUUACGUGAGGAGAUAUAUUGGAAGCAAAAGGCUCGGAUUGACUGGUUGCAGGAAGGGGACAAAAAUACUGCUUUUUUCUUUAACUCUGUGAAGGCUAGGAGGCAUGGUAACUCUAUUUCUGUGCUAGUAAAUGACAGAGGGGACCGUAUUGUCUUGUUUCAGGAAAUCAUGACUGAAGCUUCUCAGUAUUUUGCUACUCUUUUUAAAGAGGAUUCUCAUGGAGGUUCGGUUGAGGAGGAACAGGUUCUUUCGUGUGUCCCUCAAUUGGUCUCCAGGGAGGCGAAUGAGGAUCUGAUGAGGGAGAUUUCUCUAGAGGAGCUGGAGGAGAUUGUGUUUUAG